AAGACGGCGUCCACGCUUUAUUAUUUUCACUCAUUCAGACGUUUCUGGCUUAGUAUAUGCAAACAAACUUAAGUAGUGAAAAUGUCCUUUGCCCUGCCAGUGUGGCUCGCCGUUCAGGAGGAGCUUCUCGGUAAUGGCGGGUCAGAUUACGGAGCUCCGAGUUGUUUUGACGAGUAUGACGAUGAAGCUUUGUUCGACUUGUUCCACCUCAACAGAGCCUGCAUCACUUUCAUCCUGGACGCCGCUCGCAUCCGCAUGAAAACAGUGGCUCCAAAAAACUCCGUGCUGUCCGUGGACGCGAUGGUCAUGGUGGCACUGAACUAUUUAGCUCACGGGGUCUCUUCCCCCUCCGUGAUGCAGAAGGUCGGCCAGUGCCAGUCGGAGUGCCUCGGCAUCAUGAGCACCGUAUCCGGAGUCAUCGCGGGCAUGUCCGACCAGUUCAUCUCUUUCCCACUGACCUACGAGGCCAAAAAUAAGGUCGCCUCAAAGACUCAGAAGUUUUGUGGGAUCCCUAAUGUGUUGGGAGUCCUGGGUGCUACUCACUUUAAGAUCAGAGCGUCUCCCUAUGAGGAGGAGACAUUCAGGGGGUUUGUGAACACCUUGGGGUACACGUCGGUGGUCAGUCAGAUCAUCUGUGACUCGGACGGAAACAUCCUGAGUGUUGAGAAGUGCUGUAUAGGCAGCACGUUUGACCAGGAGCUGUGGGAGUCCUCCUUCAAAGGGCGGGAAAUGGAGGAGGAGAUACACGGACCGUACUGGGUUAUCGGUGGAAAAGGCUACAUAUUAAGCAAACACGUCCUGACUCCUGUGUCAGAACCUGCAAAUGAUGGCGAGACUCGCUUCAACGAGGCCCACACAAAGAUCCACGACGUGAUGUGGAAAACCCUCGGUUCCAUGAAGAGUCGUUUUAAAUGUUUGAAUCAGCUCGGUUUCACACAAGGAAACUCUUUGGACAAAAAGUCAAAUAUUAUCAAGGCUUGCAGCGUCCUGCACAACAUCGCCAAAAAGUUCUCAGUGCCUCCGCCGACUUGCACCAGCACAGUUGAGCCCCAGCAUCCCGGCAAGCAGCAUUCAGUGGAAAUCAACCCAGAGGCAUUGAAAGUCAGACAGGAAGUCAUUAAGACUCACUUCCUCCAAGUCUCCAAAAGAAAAACCCCACCAAGUGAAGAAAUCACAGAAGAGAAAACAGAACAGGUGUGAUGUCUGUUUUAGUGAAGAGGAUCAUCGACAUAAGGACAAACACUGGAAGCUAAACCCUUCUGAUCUGUGCACAGUUUUAGACAAGCUCAUGCUGCGUGAUAGAAGACUUGUUUUACAUUUUCUUUGCCGUCUUUUUUUAGAAGCAGUCAGUAUUUUUGUUAAUAAAAAUAUUUUAUUAAUUUUA